AUGGAUAUUCGUGGUAGGAAAAUGAAAAAACCGCCUGCCUGUGUGCAGUGUCGUAAAAGAAAAAUAGGGUGUGACCGUGUUAAGCCAAUCUGUGGGAACUGUAUGAAACACAAUAAAAUGGAUUGUUUCUACCCGGAUGUUCCUGGACAGUACGUUCCCUCCAGCUCUUCCUCUUCUAACACACGUCAGGUAGCCAACGGCCCCUACUUAAAUUCAUAUUACGCCUCUUCACGUCGUAUUUCCAAGGAAACUGCAGCUCUUUUACAAAAAAACCCAGAGCUGGCUUCUUUGGAGCAAAUAAGAGAAUAUAACACGCGUUUGCAACUGCUUAAUGCGCAAAAUCAACUUAACAAUAGGACAUCCGCGGCAAACGCAACUUUGAACCAACAGAAUACUCAGUAUAUUCCAAAGUCGGUGCCUUCCUUGGAAAGCAAACCAGUUACUUCUGCAAACGAAUUUUCUACACCUCUCAAUUGGGUUCAAGGUCCUGCAAUUUUCCACAUGCUAACCUCUCCUUACACACAAGAUGAAAUCAUAAAUCAUGAAAUGAAUUUUCUGAAAAGUAGGCUACUGGAACUGCAAGAAAUUACGGGUAAGAAGAUCACAGGAGUCAAUCUUGAUCUUAAACAGGAUUCCUCGCCGCAAAUACAGUCUUCGCAAUCUAAUCGAAGCCAAGAAGAAUUUUUGACCGUCAAGAAAAGGAAGUUGAGCGAGGGCGACACGACGGAUGAGGAAGGUAAAACGGCUACCAACAAUGAAAGGAGGUCUUAUCUCAACGAAUUCAAGGAUUUGGAUCCUCAAUUCUUAGAUACGAAUAAGGUUUUCAAUGUUUUCAACUGCCCGAUCACAGAAAACGACAGUAACAGGUUGUGGCUAUUACCGAAAAAUAUCAACAAAAGCUCCAUCUUCCAAACCCAAUAUUUGAUUGAGCGCGAUCCUUUUCUAUUCAAAUUCUUCAAUGAACUUAAUACUCUGAUUGAAAAACACUUCAAUGAAUCUUUGCACGAUUUGUUGGCGAAACAUAACAAUACGCAGCACAGCAACAGCAGUAUAUCUCAAUUAUUAAAAUUCCCCUCACAAUCGGUAACGCAGAACCUUAUCAGUAAAUAUCUAUCCACAAUAACUGAAACAAACUCGAUAUUACCAAUAUUGAAGCCAAAGCGAUUGUUACCUAUAGUUGAGCAGCUUUUUCCAUCUAAUACCGUAAAUAAGCCUAACUCAAACGAGCUUGAAACAGUUUUUCAAGUCGUUAAUAUGAGCAACGACCAAUUAAUAAGCCUAGGGUUUAUAACCCUUUGUCUCUUGGUUCUUUUUGAGUCACUGAAUUCUACGGUUUUGAUUCCUCUGAGAGACGAUGGACAUCUGCAAUUAUUCAAUGUAUUAUUUAACAAUUUACCCUCGUUGAAAUCAAACUUAGCAACGCUUAGAUUUGAAAUGGACAAAAGAUCGAUGUGUAAUAUAGACACCCUACGAUUUAUUUCCUUAUGGAAAUAUUACCAGUUUGUGAUGACCCCGUCAUCUUCAUCUUCCGUCGUAAUUGAUUAUGAUGAAGAUAUGCAUAUGGCAUGUUUAUUGUCAUUAAAUCACGAGACUCAAAAUCAGUCGCACAUUUUGAUUUGGAAUUUCAUAUUCAAGAAUUAUUGCUGGAGGCAUCUCUUUUUAGGUCAAUUACCACUGUUAAUGUCUGAACCAUUUACGAACUCUACCCCAAUUGUUGACCCGUUGUUGAAUAACGAUUUUGAACUGAUUGAUUUUGAAGUCAAUUUAAUGAAGUAUUUACAGAGCAAGGAUCAGCAAUUGUCCAUUGGUAAAAUUAUACAACUAAUCAAACUUUUAAAAACCAAAAACGUUGAGGUCAGCCAAAGGUGCCUAACAACAUCUUCGAUUAUCAAUAAUAUUAUGGAUUCUCUGAUUUAUAGGAAUUCUAUGUUAUAUUUGAAUUUUUACCUUUUAUUACAGUUUGAAACGUUGAGCGAUUAUACUAAAUUCAAUGAAAUUCUGAAUGAUUUUUUGGAAUUAUCAAGAGAGACUUUAUUCUUUGUUUUCUCAAAUUUAGCUAAUAUUAAAUUUGCCGGUCAUGAAUUCACGUUCAUAAAUAAAUCAAUUGCGCUUCUUCAAACUCUGGUCUUGAUGCUUUUAGCGCUCUACCAGAGAUCAUUUGAGUCCACUCAGAAGACAGAUGGGGAAAAUGUAAGCCAUAUUGAUCAACCAGAGAGUAGUCAUAGUAAUAACGACAAUAAUAAGAGAAUAAAAAACAAGAAUGUAAUACGAUUAAUUAUCAACAAAAUUGCAAUGUUAUUGAAUGAUUACACUAAGAAUUGUAAGAAACAGAACAGACUCAUCGAAAACCUAAUUAUUAAAAUAAAGAUAAUCUCCAAAUAUAUCAAAAAUCUAGAGGAAACCAAAGUUCCAUCCGUUUCCGAUUCAAACCAUGUAACUAAUAACGGAUUUACCGGUAUAUCCACUGAUCAACUAGUAAAAUUGAAUCAUGAAUUGAACAAGAUUUCAGAGUCCCUGAUAAAAACAGAUUUUUAUGAGCAGAGAAAGAAGAGUACAUUAUCGAAUGGAGUCACGGGUAUCACUGCCGCUGCUGAUAAUGACCUAAACUUAGGAAAUUUAGGUUUAACUAAGGAAAAUUUUAGUGAAAUUUUUGAAGCUAUUCGAAGCUGA